UUCUGCAUCUCUUUGCAGUUUGCACCCUCUGGUAGACGGCGAAUAAACUGAUUCUUACCAUUUCUUUGGUUACCAAUGAUGAAUUCUUGAAUAUACUAUCCAUUUCAUGAUUAGAGAAAUUCGGUUGAUACGAGACAAAGAAACAGACAGGUUUAAAGGUUUUUGCUAUGUUGAAUUUGAAGACUUAGAAUCAUUGAAAUCAGCUCUUGAAUUUGAUGGUGCUCAAUUUGGUGAAAGGAGUCUUCGUGUAGAUGUUGCAGAAGGCAAGCGAGAAAAAGGAGGAUUUUCAAAUCGAGGAAGAGAAGGAUUUGGCAAUAAACGUUUUGGUGAAACACGUCGUGGUGGUGGUGGAGGAGGAGGAGGAGGAUUUCGUGGUGGGUUUAGUGAACGUGAAAGAGGAAGCUUUCCAGAAAGAGAUUUUGACAGAGGGCAACGAGGAGGUGCUUUUUCAGGCAGGUCAGGGCCACCUGCAAGAAAACCUUAUGCAGUGGAGGAGUUCAAAGAUGUUGCACCAGAUGAUGGUGGACACAGGCCAAGAUUGAAACUUUUACCCAGAACUGUUUCUGCUCCAGUUAAUGAUGUAGCAGAGACAUCUGAUAGAGCGAGUAUUUUUGGAGGUGCUCGACCUAGAGAUGAGAAACAAUAUGAAGAAAGGCGGAGAAAAGAAUCUGAAGGAAAAGAUGAGUGAACAUAAACAUGAAUAAAAAAUCCUAAUACAGAUCAUAACAUAACUGCCUCUAUGAAAUAAUGUGCUAUUUUCCCAUCGACCAAGACUACAUGUAUGCUGCUGAUUUAUCGCCCAUCACAGGUAAUUCACAAGCAGAUAAAAAAAAGAACGAAAAAGAAAAAGCUCACAUCUGACUGGACUAUCAUGCCUAAAAUUUUAUUUUUUGUGUCAAUAUCAAAUAAUUUCAUUAGAAGAAAAAUUUAUGAAGGAGCAUAAUUUAUGUAAAAGUGAACUCUUAAAUAUUUCAUAAUUCUUUGCAAUCAAGCAUCAUUUUGAUGAUGAUAAAUGUAUCAUUGUCCUAGUCAUGCAGUUCUAUCAGGUACAAGUAUUCAUUUUGUAUGUUACUACAACAUUUCAGCUUAAAAAAUUAGAUAAGCCUGUAAAUUUUUGUACUGGGAUGAUAACCACAUGUAGACUUAAUUCAAGUGGUUUCAAAUUCCUUCUAACAUUUGCUGCAUCUUUAAUUUCAGUUGUGCUCAGUAAUGUCAACAUUGCACUGUUUCAUAGAAGAUAUCAUCAUUUUAAAAAACUGUGUAGGAUUAUAUUGAUUAUAAUUGUCAAUAUUUUUAUAAAAAUUUCAGUAUUAAAAUUCUUUUCCAAAACAGACAGAAAAGUAUCGAUUAGAUGUGUUAUUAAAACUAAUAAUGUAUACAUAUAUAUAUUUUACACUAUGUAAAUUUGAAUAAAUGUAAGUUCAAGAUACUCAAAAGUAAAAUAUAUAUAUGUAUAUAAAUAUUAAUUUAUGGGCAUAAAAAAUUUCAGGCAGCAACUUAGUGUAAAAAAAAAAAAUAAUAAUAAGUGAUGGAUGUUUGAUAUUGAACUAAUAAAAUAAGUAAAGGAA